AUGCUGUCCAAGGUCAUGCUCUGCGCCCUCGUGGGGUCGAUGGCCGCAGCCUCUCCUAUCAACUUCAGGAGCUUUUUCGAUGAUUCUAUUGUCAUCCACGACGUCCCCGUAAAAAUGGCACCAUCUCGAGACGACACUAUCGUCAUCCACGAUGUCCCGGUAGCGAACUUCAGCGAUGACACGAUUGUCAUCCAUGAUGUGCCGGUACGGGCGAGUACGGAGACUUAG